GGAGGCGCAGACAAGCCUGUUGGGAGGAGUAAGGGCUGGGUCAAACCAGAGAGACAUAUAAAGCCUGAGUGUUUACCGAGUGUCGAGCACAAGACUAUGGUUAGAGGGGUGGAAUCACAGCCAGCGGGUCUAUAGGUUGCCUGUGAGCUGUCCCCCUCCAUCCUGCGCGGCGUCACGGAUUUGCUGCAGGACAUUUGCUGCUGUCGUUGCAGCUGCUGCGCUGUUGGAUUACAGACAAACGGAUCUAUAAAGAGCCGCUGCUGUUAGAACAAAACGGAUGACUGUGUGGUGGUUAGAGAUGGGAGAGGGUUUGGGGCCACUCUCCCCUGUAGGAUGGUAGCCAACAGCACAGUGGAAGGUCAUGACAAGACUUGCUUGUCAAGCUCAUCAUCAUCAUCCUCCUCUUCCUCCUCCUCCUCCUCAUCAUCAACACUCCACACAGAGUCGAAGCAGCUGCAGCAUCAGGCUGCUCCAGAUCCGAACCCGCGUCUAGCGCCUGUCCCCUCUGUGUACCUGACCCACUUCCCUGUCUUCUCCUGCAAGGAAGACUGCAAGGUCAUCACAGAAACAGCAGCCAGGCUCGAGCGCAGCGGCUUCUACUGGGGUCCUCUGGGAGUGGAGGACGCACAUCGCAUGCUGCGGGACGCUCCUCUGGGCAGCUUCCUCAUCCGCGACAGCCGGCAGAAAGACAUCUUCUUCACACUGUCCUAUCACGCCAAGAGCGGCCCAGUCAGCGUGCGCAUCGUCUAUAAAAAGCAAAAGUUCUCAUUGGCAGGCAACGAGCACUCCUUCCCGACGCUUUUUGCCUUGUUGGAGCAUUACAUCAAUUCUCCCAAGAAAAGCCUGAGCAUCCCGUACAGGAAAUGGGAACCGACGCUGCAGGAGCUGUGCAGGAAGCGCAUCAUGGAGCUGUGUGGUGGAGCAAGCUGCGUUUCAGAGCUGCCACUCACCCAUGUUGUCCAAGACUUCCUGUUGGAGUUCCCUCACAAACUGUGACCAGCUUGCUAUGCAAGGUUGUGGCUGUAUUUCUUUUUAUUUUAAGAAGUCAGAUUUCAUCAAGCAAGAGCAAACUGGAGGGGCUGGUAAAGCCUGGC